AAUGGCCAACAUCGCCCUUAUGUGCCUCCUGGCGGUGGUGUCGCAAACCGCGAGUCUUUCAGGACCUCCUGCGCAGCCGCCAUUGUGGCCUCAAACCUUCUCGGUUACUUUCCAAGAGGAGCGGCAUAUUUCCGUCGUGCCCGUCAACCAAAACGUGGGGGCCUGGCACUACGACUUCGCCAACAGCCGGGCGAGGUUCGACUACUCGCAGGGCCAGGCCGACAGCUUCUGCACCGGACGGGGCCUGACGCUGAAAGACGAGCACGGGGAUUGCCAGCUCUUCUUCAGCACGCUCGGCUUGUACGUGCACUACCCGCGCGAGCAACAGUGUUGUCGGGCCUGCGGGCCAGCUCAAUACUGCAGCGUCAUCAAGCCAACGUGGCUGGCCGGGGCGACUUACCUCGGGGAAGAGAAUAUCAACGGAACGACGUGUCACGGCUGGGAGAAACAAGGGGCGGUGGCAACAGACAGGUGGUACCAGACCGAAGACGGCAAGCCUUGCCAGUACUGGGAGAAGCUGCAGUUUGUCCCUCACAUCACCCACGUCAUCACCUUCAACACCAGCUCCUACCAGCUCAACCCCAUCCCCGCUAGCGUCUUUGAUGUUCCCAAGUACUGCAACAGCACAUGUCCGAUACCAUAUCCCCCACACUAACACGUAAUGCAGGACCUUCCUGAACCGCUAUUAGGUUAGCUUAAAAACAACGCAAAUCAAAAUCAGUACCUAAUUUUCUUUUUUUUCCUAUGCCUUAAUAGAAUCUGCUGUGAUGCUGGUUUCAAAGCUCCCUAUGUGAAUAUUAUCCAGGGUGUACCAACACGGGCUGCAGUGCUAAACUAAUUAUAAAUUGUAAGUAAAGCAUUAAAGAAAGACCAAAAUGACACCAGUCAGACCGUGCUCCCCAUGGAGGUAGAAUGAGUUGUAUUUAUACAUGUAUACGUCUGGAUUGGAAUGGUCCAGUGCUUUGAAUGUGGCAUCUGCAUGUAUUACUCAAAAAGGCUACAAAUUAAAAGAAACUUCAGUCUGCAGAAUAGACAAUAGAAUAAGUAAAUUCUACAGCAAAGCAAAACUAUUUCAAAUGCAUACACUCUUAUACAUAGCAUUACAUAUUAGUGCAGUGGAAAACUAAUAACUGUACCUGAACUUGUGUAAUGCAGGCUACAAUGGCUUAUCAUCUAUUGUCUACACAGGUCUAUCUAGUUGGGUUACCUGGGUAUGAUACAUGUGAAUAUGACACCACAAUGUCUGGCUGUGGCUUUUUGUUCUGAUAUUGCUGAUAAAAACUAAAAGCCAUUGCAAGAGUGUAUAUCUGUGAUCUAAGCUUGUUACUUCAGAAUCUGUUGUUCCUUUCUGUAAUUCCUGCAGCUGUGCUCACUACUCAGACUACAAUCUGAGUAUCUACAAUCUACUGAAAGGGACCUUUAAUGCAUAUAACACAUAAUAUAGGAAUCUGAAAUAUUUUCUGUUCUAAUCAUAACUGCAUAUGCAUUGAAUGUCCUAUUCUAGGAAGAUUUUUGUGUGUGUUUGUCCGAGGUUAAAAAGAUAAUAAAAACUUGGUUUGUCUAAGUACGGUGUAGAUAGGGCAUUGUGUAGCACGUUAGACAAUAAUGUACCAUGAGUGGCAAGGGAUGGCUGCUAUGUGUGUAGUGUCAUACAUGUAGUUUAUUCACUUCUGGUGAACAGUAGGCAGCACGGUUGGCUUUGAAUGCUUUAAACUUCAAGAUAACUUCAAGAUGCUACAGCUCCAAAAUUCUGUUGAUAUUGUGUUAGUUAACAUUGGUGGAUAGGUGUGUUGGUUAGGUUUCAAAAACUUUGCAGACUGUUAGAAUGCAGAAACUUUGCAGUGUUUGAAUUCAUAGCAAUUAUAAGUCACUGGCAAUUAGCAUAAAAAUUACAGUAAAGUAACAGUACUUUACUUAUUAGCAGAGCUCGGACUUUUGCACCAGAAAUAUGGGCACACACAGCAGACAACAUAUUAGCAAAAGGAUUAAAUUGUAAUGCAGUAUUCCACAGCAAACACAACUCAAUUCACAAAAACACCCUCUGCUCUAAUCCAAGGACCUGAAUAGGACAUUCAUGGCCAAUACAUUCUGUACAUUUAAAGAACAUGUGUAGACGUAAAAAUGGCUGUAAGGUACAACUGCAGUCAGGAAAUCCAUAUCUCAUCCAUUUUUGAAAUGUAUUCAAGUACAUAUAUUAUGCAAUAAUUAUUAUCUCCUCAGUUCAUCUCUUCAAUGGUACAAAAAAAGAAUAAUUAUUUCUUUAUGGUUUUUUGUAAAGGGCAAACAUCAAUUCUUCAUUUGGAGUCUAAAGAUAUAUAUAUAUA